GGUGAUCUUAAUUAUACAUCUAUUGAAAUAAAACCAUAGUUCCUACAAGUAGAAGAAAAUAAUUUGCUGAGAUGUCAGCUGGGGAUUCUUCCCGGAAAACCCUGGAAGUGGAGACCUACCACACAAGAUUCAGUGCCUGGACGCCUUUUAGCAACAAGUCACUAAAUAGACAGCUUUUUCAGGAAAGAGUUGCUCUUAUAAGUCAUUGGUUUGACCUCUGGACUAACAAGCAACGUCAAGAAUUCUUAUUCACGAUUUUUUUACGAUGCAGUAAAUCACAGUUAAAGUUUGUUCAAGACUGGUUUUCAGAAAGGAUACCAGUGGCCAAAGUGGAUUUCUCUACAGUGUUACCACGCUUCAUUUCUCUAUAUAUCUUUUCCUUUCUGAAUCCAAAAGAUUUGUGUGCAGCUGCCCAAGUCAGCUGGCCCUGGAAGUUUUUAACUGAACAGGAUUGCUUAUGGAUGCCCAAAUGCAUUAGGUUCGGAUGGUUCUUGCCCUAUACUCCAACAGAUAAUGAGUUUGGGGCUUGGAAGCACCAUUACAUUGCUUGUGUGUCCAACCUAGAUUGGCAAACACCUAGGGAAGCUGCUGCUAUUUAUGGGAUGCUGAAUGAACCCAAAAGAGAAGAAGAAGAGCUAGAGGAGAGACAAAGAGAAAAAUGCCUAAGAAGAAAAAUUUGGGAAAAAAUUGUAUUACGUAAGAAGGAGUUAUUCAAAGCUCGACCCCCUUGGGUGAGUGGAACAUGCUGCUCUAGUUUGUUAAAACCCAAAUGCCAACCACGCCUCUCCCAGACUGUGAGAGAACGAGUGGGAUUACACGAAGCUUUGGAGAAACAGCUUGUUUUGGCAUCAUUAGAAACCUUGCCCAAGCGAAGCAAUAUUUCUGGAAGCCAUUCCUACCCUUUAUUAUCAAAGAAAAAUGGGCAUGGAGUUUAUAAAAAUGAUGACAGCUCUUCAUAUUCUUCCCAGCCACAUUUCAUAUUAAUAUCAUCCCGAAUUCCUGCAUAUGAGAUGGUGGUAGAAAGCGUUAAGGCGGGCAUCAUCACUGUGGUGUAUGAACACAGCGGCAUAACCUUGGAGAGCCUGCUCCAUCUCAUAGAAAAGGCUCUGGAUGGGCGGAAGGCACGGAGCGUGGGGCUCUUUAGUGAUGGAGAUAGCAGGGAAAUCAACUUACUCCAAGGCUAUAAAAUUGGUAUUAAAAAUUUGCUGAGGCCUGACGUGAGGAACUUCUGGGAGAAAUUAGGAAGCUAUGUGACUACUGAGGAGGAAGGGGGUCAUGUGGACAUCUUUGUGCCCCUUGGAGCAUCAGAGGCAGGAAUGGAAGUUCUUUCUCAGCUGGCUCAACUAACUGGCACGUUCUUUACCGCCCCCACUGGGAUUGCAACUGGCUCUUACCAACACAUUCUCAGUGACUGGCUGGGACCCCCCGAGGGAAGGGCGCCCCCCUCCGUCUACUUCAGCCAAUUGAAGCUGCAGACAUGGUCCAGCCUCACGGACUUCCUGGAAGACACCUUGAAACCAGUCAGGAAACAGUUAUGUCCUCUCUUCAAGGAGCUGCAGAAGAGCAUCAGUGGCAGAAUGAUAGGGCAGUUUAUGUUUGACACCAUGAGUGUGGCCCACGUGCUGAGUAACCAGGAGACCGCACAGGCUCUGGCAGACGGGUUGAUGGAGCUGUCAAAAGAAGGUUCUGACAGACCUCUGGAAUUUUUGUCAUAUUUUCUGCUGAAGAAAUGUGGUAAAGAGAGCAAAGAUUUUGAAGGAAAUGUUAUUCUGACAAAAUAUGACCCAAAGGCAACAUUCAAUGUAUUCAUGAAGGAAAGAAAUGUCACAGAAGACAAUUCUCAGGACAGAAAGUCAAGUCUCAGCAAAAAUGAUCUAAAUCUUGAAGUGGUGGUGCAACUGGAGAGGAAACUCCAGAUGGACUCAGCAGAAAAGCGAACUAGAGUUGUCAGGGAACUCUUACAGAGUGAGAGAAAAUACGUGCAGAUGCUGGAAAUUGUGCGAGAUGUUUAUGCAAGGCCACUGAAAGCAGCACUGUCAUCGAACAGAGCAAUUCUGAGUGCUGGAAACAUCCAGAUCAUUUUCUCUGAUGUUCUGCAGAUUUUAAGUCUUAACAGGCGGUUUCUAGACAACCUGAGAGGCAGACUACAGGAAUGGAGCCCCGCUCACUGUGUGGGGGAAAUAGUCAUAAAGUUUGGAAGCCAGCUGAACACGUAUACCAAUUUCUUCAACAACUACCCUGUUGUUCUGAAAACUAUCGAGAAGUGCAGAGAAACGAUACCAGCAUUCCGAGCUUUCCUGAAGAGGCACGAUAAGACCAUCGUUACCAAGAUGCUGAGCCUUCCAGAGCUGCUUUUGUACCCAUCCCGAAGAUUCGAAGAAUAUAUUAAUCUUCUCUACGCUCUGAGGCUCCACACUCCUGCAGAACACGUCGACCGUGGGGACUUGACCACUGCCAUUGACCAAAUAAAAAAAUAUAAAGGUUAUAUAGAUCAGAUGAAGCAAAACAUCACUAUGAAGGAUCAGUUUUCAGAAAUACAGAGAAUCAUCAGGGGGUGCCCCACUCUGUCAGAAGUAAACAGAUAUCUGAUUAGGAUCCAAGAAGUAGCCCAGCUUCACUGCUGUGAUGAGGAAAUAAGUUUCUCUUUAAGGCUCUAUGAACACAUCCGUGACCUCAGCCUUUUUCUCUUCAAUGACGUCCUGCUUGUUUCUAGUCGGGGCACAUCUCAUACUCCAUUUGAAAGGACUUCAAAAACCAGCUACCAGUUCAUUGCAUCAGUGGCCCUUCAUAGGAUAUUUGUAGAAGAUAUUCCAGAUUCCAAGUAUGUCAAGAAUGCAUUUAUUCUUCAAGGUCCAAACCAUGAAUGGAUUUGUGCUACAGAGGCAGAGGAUGACAAGUUCCAAUGGUUGUCAGUACUCCAAAAUGCAAUCAGGAGUAGUAUAGAGAAAUAAAACCAAACUUAAAGAAAACACCAGGGGUGCCAAUUUUCCCUGGCAAAAAUAGUCAACAUAUAUUUUCUGUUCCAAUGAACAUUCAGUAAGAAACAGAAUGAUUAUUGGUCAUGGAUGAUGAGAGGAUGAACUAGGUGCCAUAAGGUGCCUUCCAACUUUAAAACUUUAUUGUCUAUGCUCACUUAUGUAGAAUGAAUGUACCAUAAAAACAAUUUAAGCCCCAAAAUUUGAACUAGUUCUUUUGGCAGUAUUUCAUGGAUAAUAUUACUUAGAGUAAUUCGACUGUUGUGAUGAAACCUAAGAUAGAGUAAGCAUAUUGUAUGAAGUUUUGUUUUAUCAUCUAAUAAAAAAAUAAAAGCAGAAUGAAAAGUGUUUUUUCUUAAAUGAUCUGUCUAGA